CGAUCAACAAAACUAGGCGUUCUCCGGAGGAGAAAGGGAUCGCGCGGAAAGGAGACGACGACCGACAUCUCCUUGCUCCAAUGGUCUAGACACGUUGGCUUGUGUCUCUACAGCUGACUGUAACAAGCGGGAGAGGGGCGCGUCGUUUGCCGUGGACGUACCGCCCACACCAUGAAGUACCUCCUCCAAGCCAUCGAGGCGAACCGCGACUGUGUUCCACUCUCGGAUGCAGAGCUGCGACAGCUUCUUAUCGAGGUCCGCAAUGGUAAAGACGACAGGCUCGAGUUCAUCGAGUCGAUGACGCGGCUCCUCGACGAGCUCCGGAGCAGCGAGCAUGCCACUGCCUUUCUCAACAAGGUGGCCAAGCGAGAGGCACCCGACUACUACGAGGUCAUCAAGAACCCAAUGGACCUCGGUACAAUGCUGCGAAAUGUAAAGAAUGGGCGGUACAAGUCCAAGGCCCAAUUCACCAGGGAUCUCGACCUCAUCUGGGACAACUGCCUGACUUACAACAGCGAGCCGACGCAUCCACUCCGCAGGAGUGUCCAGUUCAUGCGGUCCAAAGCCAACCAUUUGCUGGCGUACGUCAACGAUACAAACGAUGUCAAGGAGGCACUAAAUCAGUGGGAGGCCAGCGCCGGUUUGAGCGCAAUUUCGAGCCAUGGCGGGGCACAAGAUUCUGCUCUGGGGGCUGGUAUACCAUGGGCCGAUGGAAUGGUGCUUGAUGGCGCAGGCGAAUCGUCCUCCGCGGCGACGGCGGGUGCCUCCGCUAUUAAUGGCAAGAUUGCGAAGCGGGACGGCAAGCUGAUCAAUGGUGCAAACGAGAUGCUGGCUAGAGGCGCAGGAGGGACACAGCUGGCUUGGAAGCGAGCGCGCGCAAUGGCCGAUGCCCCAUUUGAGCAGAAGCCAGCCCUGUUGCGGACGCCCGAAGGGAUGAGCACAUUCUCCACCGUUGAGGAGGCGCUCCAGAGGGAGGACCGAAGAUGGUCGAGCAGGUAUCUCGAUAACGCUCCAGCGUCAGAAGGAGGGCCCAGCUCGAGACCACUGGAUGCAUUCACCGGACAGCCUGGCGAUGGGCUCUCAGAUCACACUGCAGCUGAUCUGCUGCGAACUUUAGACGUCGGGGCAGAUGGCGACGUACUUAGAGCGGCACUAACGAUUGGCUUGGGCGGACAAGAAAGGAGAUCUCCCACAUCGCAAGGCAAGCAACGAGCGCAGUACGUCUUUGACGCCACAGACGAAACUUCAGGGGAGAAGCCACUGCUGGGCGCUUGGUGGUCCGCAAUCUCUCAUCCUUCGCUUCUGCCUUCCGGCGUGGCCCCCCUACCGGCGUCGGAGCGUCUGCCUUCAGGAUCUGCACGAGUGGUCGGCAAGCCCAAGGUACGACGACGAAGGAGAACGCUGGCAAGUCGUCAAGGCGGCCAGGUGGGCCAGGGAGAAGGUCUUGGAGGGAUAGACAGUGUGCUACGAAACAUAAAAACAAUUCAGAAGCUUCGCAGGACACACAGCAAAUUCGGGGAGCUCUCCAGGCACCUCGAGCGUGACGAGGCCAUUCCUGCCUGGCUGGCCGUGGCGUCAUCUGAUGAGGAUGACGGGGACGACGACAACGACGAUGGCCAAGACGACGAGGAUGAUGACGUCCGCACCGACGAAGCUGGCAUCGAAAUGGUGUCGGGGAGGGUGAGGAGGAUGCGCGAAGAAGGUCCACCCCAUCUAGCGUCAGGUCGAAAUCCUUUCGAGAGAAUCAGCAGCCAAGGUGCGCGAGACAUUGUCCGACAACGAUCUCAGUACUUGCUUGCCCACGCUGGCUUCGAGGGUAGCCAGAAGCAGGCAGCAGACGUCCUGUCUGAAGUAGCGGCCGAGUACAUUAUGAGCCUUGGCAAGACCAUGUGCAUGUACAAGGACAAGUUCGCGCACGAGAUGAGCGUAGAAGAGAUGAUCUUACACACUCUCUUCGAAAAUGGCCGGGCCGACAUCCGUUCGCUCGAGACGUACAUCGUCGACGACGUGGAGCGAUACGGAAGCAAGCUUUCAGAUCUUCUCCGGAAAUUGCGGUCAUCGUAUCGCGACCAGCUGCAGGCUCAAGACAAUCUUGCCAUGGAAGACGAGGAACAGUUCUUUGACCACGAGGCCGCCGCAGACGAUGAACAGGGUGAAAGACCAUCAGGACAGCUCGUCUCCGGUAACUUUGCUGGCGAGCUUGGCGAUGACUUUUUCGGCUUCAAAGCCCUCGGUCUCGACGAGGAGCUCGGCCUCAAGAACCUCAGUGUGCCCAUGCGCCUCUUCCAGGCCAACGGGACGGCGAACGGAGCACCACGCCCUGGGCAGCUGGCAAAGGGCAUCAAGGCCGGGCAAGGCAAAGUGGAAGGCGCGGCGGCUCCCUCAGCUGCCCUCCACGGCAAGGACCCACGGCUGACCAACGGGGCUAUGCUUCCUUUCGAACCACCUCCACCGUUCCUCGUCAUCGACGACUCGGCUAUUCCCGCUCAGAUUGGCCUAUUGCAGGGCUGGUAUCGCGAUUGCCUCAGGGCCAGGGGCUCCUGGGUUCCGAUCGAAGGUGAGGAAGACGAGGCAGUCUCCAAGGAAGGACCGUCAACAGAGCAAGGAGAGGGUGAAAAGACCAAAGGGACCGAGAAGGAGGCUGGCGAUUCAGGGGAGGGGGGCGAGGAACGGCAAGGACAAGAACAAGGGCAAGGACAAGGACACGGACAAGAGCAAGGACAAGGACAAGAGCAGGGGCAAGGGCAAGAACAGGGACCUGGUCCUGGUCCUGGUCCUGGUCCUGGUCCUGGACAAGGACAAAUGAAGCUGGUUUUGCAAGAUGAAGAGAUGGAGAGGCAACGAUACAAAGUUCCGCCGAGUGGUAAGAUGCCAAGACGAGACAUGGCCAAGGAUCGACAGCCCGCCACGGUCGCAAUUCCCGGAUCCAAGAAAGCGAAAGAAUUGCCCAGUAAGGCAGCAUCAGCCUCGUCGCAGCAGCAGCAGCAGCAGCAGCUUGAAGCCUCGAAGAGGAAGGCAACCGCGGACAAGAAGAGUUCGACCGCAAAGAAGAAGCAGAAGGCAGAGGAGUAGCAAAGUGUCCCGCUCUUGAUCUGUUAAGGAUUUCGCUCCUGUAAUAUCCUGUCUUCUGUCGUUCUGGACAAUGUAGAAUAUCGUCAUGCUCUAGUAUGUAUCGGGUG